AUGGUGCGCAAAUCAAAACGAAAGUCUGAAGGAGAUUUGCCGAAUUCGAGGGUCAAGGCUAGAAAGAGUGGCGAGGAUCGAGAGGAGGAUUUUAGUGGUGUUGUGGAUUGGGUUGAUAGGAAGGGAGUGAAGAGAGAUGGUAGGGAGAAGAAAGAUUCUAGUGGUGUUGCGGAUCAACUUGAUAAGAAGAGUUUGAAGAAAGAUGGUAAAGAGAAAAAGAAGGAGAAGAAAAAGGAAAGAAUGUCGGAGCCUGCGAGGAUUGGUGAAAGGGAAGUGGGAGAGAAGGGAGAAGAUGAGGAUGAAGAUGAUGGGGAGGAGGAUUCGGGACAAGAGGCUAGCAAUGAGUUUCUGGAACUCGAUAAUCUGGAGAGAAAGAAAAAGAAGAGUGCUGAGAGAGCGAAAGCGCAGUUUAUGGAGAAGUUUAUUGGAGCUGUGGAGAGAGAUGUGAAGGACUUCAAGAAAUCGGCGGCAGGGUUUGAGAGAGAGGCUUCGGUUGAAAAUAAGGAUUUUCUGGAAGGUUUUCAUGCUGCUUAUUCUCUGUCGGCACCAUUCAAAACUGUCUCUUAUGAUUUCUCUUUGAAUCAUAAAAGAGGUCGAAUCAUGAUUACACGGGCGUUGGAGCUAAGUUCGCAAUUUGACAACCUGGCAAAGAAAGAUAUUGCAAAGGAGUUGGCAGGAUUGUUUGGUAACAAAUGGAGCAAAGAGGAUGAAGAGAUUGCUAAGAUGCUUGAACUGGGAAAAAUGGUUGGGCUGAAUAAGUUCGAGUGUAUUGUGAAUGCUUCGAAGCCGGAGAUCUUGGAGACAGAUGCACUUGAAGUUUCGAAGAAAUUCUUUCCGGAUAUUGCAGAGGAAAGUAAUUCUGGCUGGGGCAAGGAGGCGAAGAAACAGGAGAGGGCUCAUAAGAAAUUGCUUAAGUCUUUUGAGAGCAGGAGUUGA